UAUGUAUAUAUAAAUUUAAGCAAAAUAGUCUAACUGUGUGUUGUGUAUGUGUGUGUUGUUGUGCAGUUAGUACUAGCAAGUGAAAAUUAAAAAAAAAAGUUGUACAAACACACAUAAAAACAUAUUUUUCACAACUAAUGCUGCUACAACUUUUUCAACGGCUCCAAACGGUAUAUACGAGUAACAGUAACGAGAAAAGUAUAACUGACUGUAUAUAUGUAUAAGAGAACAUAUGUGCAUACAUAUAUACUAUAUAUGAAUCUGUGUGUAACGUACUUACGAAUGACUCUAAAUGAGUAGAGAAAAGUACGUUGCGUGGCAGCACCAAAUGCCAGCUACUACGAUAACAACAAUAACAGCAACAGCAGCAACACUCGCAGCAGUUCAGUGAUGAAAGCACAACAAACAACAACUUCAACGCCAUCACCUAAAACUGUACAGCUUCAGCUGAAACAACAACAAUUGAAGCCUACAGCAGCAGCAAACCCUAACUCCAACAGCAGCAGCAAGCUAGUAGCUAAAACGGUAGCCGUAACAGUGGCAGCGCAGCAGCAAACAACUCUCUUCGACCACAGUCUGUCGACAUUUCUGCAGAGUUUACGCAUACAUAAUUAAAUCUCGCACAUAAGCACGCACGCUCGCCCAAAAGUUUUUCACUUUUUUAUUAACAACAAUGCUUCCAAGUAGGGAGCUUCCUAGUGGCACAUUGAAGACGUGGCUGAAUGCAUAAUUCAUCCAUGUUUAAUAACGUAGAAAACAAUACGUGCGAAAUAAAAGAUGAUCAAAUCUCUUGCAAAUAAAAUACUGGAAAAUGUACCAACCGAGCCGGCGAAAGUAUUACCAAAGUGUGGGAAUAAAUUUAAAAGUUAAACCCAAAACAGCGCCGUCAAUGCAAAAGACUUGAAAGUGUUGAAUUAUCAAAGAAUAUAAUAGCAACUAAAAAGUUUUAGAAUUGUCAACAAGCAGUGAAAAAUUAUAAGAAAAACAUAUACAACUUAACAGCAAAAGUACGACAGACACCAAAGAAGCGCGCAACACCAAGCCUUCCUUUACACAAAAUGCAACACUGCGCGGCAAAGAAGUUUACAGCUUCGACGUCGACGCCGUCGUGGCCGCUGCAGGUCUCCUCGUUAUUAACACCAACAUCACACUCCCUGCUCAACAUAUUAUGCACAUUCUUGGUGCUAAGCAGCUGGACCGCGCUAACGCCGGUCGAAUGUCAGCGCCCACUGCUCAAUCACACCAGCUACAACUCGAUUGCCGCGGCACAGCAGCACAACUAUUUGGGCAGUGGCAAACAGCUGCGCAAUGGACGCACACGCGAUAUGCCAAUACCACAAGCAACAAUGUCCACAUUGACGCAGCGUGGCAUGUUGCCCUACGAUGAUUUCGACGGUACUGAUGGUACGCGCAUGCCACCCUUGGCUGGACGCGGUGGCCGUGGCGAGACGAGUCGACGGCGUCUAAAUCUCUCCGGUUUGGGUGCUGGUGUUGGACGCCCGGAUCGUGGCAGUGGACGACGUGGCAUCGAAUCGUUGCGUAAAGAGUUGAUGAAACCGUCGGUGGGUGGACCCGGUGGUGGUAUUAGCGGGACCAAUGUGGGUUAUCCAUCCUAUUCGGCGACUUCGUCCAUAGGCAAGAUCGAUGGUUUGGGUAGUUUGGGACCGGCUGAACGUUAUGGCGAUCAAUUGCGUCCCGGUGUGGAAACACUAUAUCCGUCGCACUAUCCGCCGCAGUUCGUCGUAAAUCAAGCUGCAGACGCCACCGACGAUAAACCGUUACGUUUUAGCCCAAAGAAGUCCUACAAUUCCAUCUCGGAAAUACGCAAAUUGAAUAAGCAACGUUUUCCGCCACAAGGCCAAGCCGACGAACCGGAUGGCGGUGUCACCAAUGGAAAUAUCGAUGGCGAUGACGGCGACGUGGAUGUGCACCGAGAUCCACUGGAGGUGAUCAAAGAGAAAAUGCGCAAUACAGCGCCAAAAUCGAGUCCCUACGAAACACAGACCGAUUCCACACCCUCCUCGGAAAUCGAAGAUCAGCUUGGUGUGAAGUGUACAUUUGAGAAUGCUUGCGCAUGGAAGUGGGCCGAAGGCCUAUACGACGGCUUUCAAGUGAUUAGCGGCACUGAGCUCGUAAAAAAGAAUAUGACCGGUCUAUACCCGGGACCCAUUGCAGACGCAACUGAAGAUGGAAAUGGACACUUUUUAUAUGCGCGCCUGCUACCCACCACUGAGCAAGUGAAUCUCACAUCACCACAAUUCAGCACAACCAUGGAGAAAUGUUACCUCGAGGUGUAUAUGCAUCAAAGCGAUAUGAGUCAUGGAUUGUCGCGUGUCGUCGUCGAACCAACGGAUUCACAAGAGAGUUCGUGGGUGCCAGCCGAAAUUGUUGGCGACAACUAUCGACAAUGGGGACGUAAAUUCUAUCGUCUUGGACGCAUAUCACGUGACUUCCGCAUUGUUUUCGAGAUUGUGCCCAAGUUGGGUGAAAGUCAGAAGGCGCAUGUGGCCAUCGAUAAUUUGCAUAUGGUGAAUUGUUUCCCUGAGGGCACCAAAUCGGAGAAGUGCAGUACAUCGCAAAUCAAAUGUAUGAUGAAUAAAGUGCCGGUUUGUAUACCGUUACCGCGUAUUUGCGACAUCACCAAAGACUGCGAUGAUGGCGAAGAUGAGCUGCUCAAUUGCGACAAAAUCCCUUAUGGUGGACGCUGCGACUUUGAACAAGACUGGUGCGGUUGGCGCGACUCGGGCAAAACCAUGCUCACGUGGUCGCGUCAUACAGGUGCCUCACCUACACACGAUACCGGUCCCGAUGGCGAUCAUACACAGCAGCAUCUCUUGAAUGCCACCGGCGGUUACUAUAUGCUCGUCAAUAUGAAUCAACAUAUGAACAACUCGGAUAAGGCGUCACAAGUCGGUUUUGCCAGUAAUGCGUUCAUGAUCAGUAAAACUUUUAAUCCACCGCCGCUGGUGCACGGUAAUCCCAACUCACCGUACAGGAACUCUUGUGUAGUACGGUUUUACAUACAUCAGUUCGGUAAGAAUCCAGGCAGCAUAAAUUUAUCGGUUGUUGAGAUGAAGGAAAAGGAGAAUAUAACGACGACGCUUUGGUGGAGCAGUAAGAAUCAGGGUAGUGAUUGGCUGCGUGCAGAAUAUAUACUACCGAACAUCACGUCCAAGUACUUCUUACACUUCGAAGCACGUAAAGGUAUGCGUAUCUUCUCAGACGUAGCAGUCGAUGAUAUUUCCUUGAGUCCCGAAUGUUUCGGCAUUAAUAUACCGAAAGAGCAUCUAAACGGUUAUAACUACUGGGACGUGCGGCAUAAUUUCCGAAGUCCAUCGCAUAAAGACUAUGAACAUAAACACUAUCUGGAGUUAACAACAUGUGACACGCGUGGUAUGAUAGGACCGACACAGCUCGAAUGCGAGGUCUCCUAUAAUGAGAACAACCAAAGUCAUGUGCUACAAGAGGUGCAAGUUAUCGACGAAGAAAGCACCUAUAAAGGCAUGCAGAAAUGGAAGGUGCCACAUGAGGGCUACUACACCAUUAUUGCUAAGGGCGCCAGUGGUGGAUUCGGUUCCGGUGGCGUUGGCUCAUCGCGUGGUGCCAUGGCAGUUUCCGUACUCGAGCUGCACAAGAAUGAGGAGCUCUUUAUACUUGUUGGUCAACAGGGUGAGAAUGCUUGCAUCAAAUCGUUGAGCGCUAGUCGUGAAGAUAGCUGUGGCGCAGAUGGUGAGGAACUCGAUUUGAGCAAAUAUAGUUUUAGUUCGAAACAACAUAUGGUGAAAAACAUUUACAUUGAGAAUGGUGCUGGCGGCGGCGGUGGUGGUUCCUUUGUCUUCCUGCUAAACUCCGCGAAGAACGAGGCGGUACCACUACUGAUUGCCGGUGGUGGUGGUGGACUCGGUAUCGGACAGUAUAUUGAUGAAGAUUUCCAACACGGCCAAAAGCCGAAUCCGAAUCGUUUUGGUAUUACCGGACAGAUACACGGCGACCAAAUGAAUCUGAAGACUGCAGGUCCCGGUGGUGGUUGGCGCGCCAAAACUGACAACGUCUUAAGUUCGAAGUAUGGCGCGGCACUCUUACAAGGUGGACGUGGUGGUCACUCCUGCUACACUGAAGGUUUAGGCAACAAUGUCACCACCGCAAGAAAGCACGGUCAAGGUGGUUUCGGUGGCGGCGGUGGUGGUUGCAAUACUGGUGGUGGUGGCGGUGGCUAUGCCGGUGGUGAUGUCUAUCUAAAUGAAUCGAACGGUGAGGGUGGCACUUCGUUUAUCAGUGUUAGCCGCAGCCUCAAGGAGUUUAGCAUUGUCUAUGAGGGCGCAAGUAGCGGUUCUGGUUCUGUAAUCAUCAUACCGGCUAUCGAGGGCUGCGGUUGCGAUUACCGUUGUAUAGCUUUGGAUGAAUAUCGUUCGUCGGUACGUUGUAUAUGCCCGGAUGGUUGGCGUCUCAAAAAAGAUAACCAAACUGCAUGCGAAGUGCUAGCCGAAGAUCGCAUGCCAUUUUCAUAUCUCAUCGGAUUCUUUAUAUUCCUGGUUGUGCUAUUGGGCGCUGCACUUACAGCGCUCAUCGUAAUUUUGUACAAUCGCUAUCAGCGUAAAAAGCAAGCUAAACUAAGACACAAGAUGCUGUUGGAGCAGGAUCUACAGCUCAGUCGUCUGCGGCACAACAUCGACGACUCAAAUCUGACUAACUUUAAUCCCAACUAUGGUUGCGACGGCAUACUAAACGGACAGGUAGAUGUCAAACAGCUCCCACAAAUUGCACGUGAGAGCUUACGACUCGUGAAAGCACUAGGACAAGGCGCCUUUGGCGAAGUUUAUCAAGGUUUCUAUCGUGCACGUGACAAUGAUACCGUCGAAAUGCCUGUAGCUGUGAAAACUCUACCGGAAAUGUCGACACGCCAAGCCGAAGAGGACUUCUUAAUGGAAGCAGCCAUUAUGUCAAAAUUCGAUCAUCCCAAUAUGGUACACCUACUUGGGGUUUGCUUUGAUCGACAUCCACGUUUCAUUGUACUCGAGCUACUGGCAGGUGGCGAUCUGAAGAACUUUCUACGUGAGGGGCGCAGCAAACCCGACCGUCCAUCACCGCUCAUCAUGAAAGAUCUGCUAUUUUGUGCACGAGAUGUAGCUAGAGGUUGCGAAUACAUGGAGAGUAAACGUUUUAUACAUCGUGAUAUAGCGGCACGCAAUUGCCUGCUGAGCAGCAGGGGUCCCGGUAGAGUUGUGAAGAUUGCUGAUUUCGGCAUGGCGCGCGAUAUUUAUCGCAGUGACUACUAUCGCAAAGGUGGCAAAGCCAUGCUACCAAUUAAGUGGAUGCCACCGGAAGCGUAUGUUGAUGGCAUCUUUACGGCCAAAACAGAUGUAUGGUCAUUCGGUGUCCUAUUGUGGGAGGUUUUCAGUUUAGGCAUGAUGCCAUAUCCGGGCUUACAGAAUCCUGAAGUCAUGAAACUGGUUGCUAAUGGUGGACGCUUAGGCGCACCACCUGCUUGUCCACCAGCCAUUUACCGCGUUAUGGCCGAUUGUUGGAAUCCUACACCAGAAGAUCGCCCCAAUUUUCACAGUCUGCUACACCGCAUACUCGAGGUCAAUAGAGAUGAAGAUCUAUUAGAGUCUCCUAUACCGGAGAGCAUCUUUCGUCCGCUCACAACCGACCGCGAUCCGGUUGUAAUGCAUCCACCAGGCGGUGAAGAAUUCUGCUUACCCAUACCGCAAACAUCCGACUAUCUGAUACCGUUACCGAGCGGUGCCACUGUCGGUCUAAUCGCUAACAUGGACUACGCCAGCGCAACUGAGGGUUCCUAUGACUCUACCGGCGCCGUAGCCACCAUUUCAACGGCAUGCAGCGCCAACAUCUGUACGCCGCCAGCUGUUGCGUCACCUGAUGCACCGAAUGUCGAAUUCAAUCUAGACGGUGCCGCAAUGGGUGGCAGCGACUGCUGGGAAACUUCCUUCAUCUUACCCAACUCAAAGAGCGAUCAGCCGCUAUUAAGCGGUGCCGUAGGCGGUGUAAGCACAUCAACCGCCAACGACUCGCAGCGCAGCAUACAUGACGCCAUGCUGAAUGGUGCUGUGGCAGCAGGCAAUUUGAACAACGGACACACCAGUAGCAGUCAGCAUUCACCGGUACUGCACAACGGCAUGAAUGGCAUCAAGAUGAACCAGCUCAAUCACAACAACAACAACAAUAAUAAUCACCACCAUCAUCAACAUCCACACCAACACCAACAUGUCGUACACGAAAUGGAGGAGGCCAAACUGAUCAGCUUGGAUACGCCACAACCGACACCGACUACCAUACAGCCGCCACUGUCAUUCUCCUCACAAUUGGACGGCAUCACACUCGAUCCGGCGGCGCUCACCAAAAGUCUGCAGCAGCAUAAGGUUGGCGCUGGUGGCGUUGGUAAGUCAGCCGCCACCUCAUCCUAUGCCAACGUGCAGAUGAUGCCGUCGUCGGUGAACGCAACGCAUCAAAUGAUUGGCGUAGAUGUGGCAAUGAAGGAACUGCCCAAUGGUGGCGGUAUCAUAGGUGGUAGCGAAAAAAUUAACGGUAUGAUCGAUGCAGCGCUGCAAAAUGGACCGUCCGGUGUGUUGAAUGGUGUGGCGACUGUAAAUGGUAACGGUGUUGCGGCGGUGAACGCGGAUACGGCGGCGCCCUUCACAAUACAGGGUUACAACGAUCGUUACAAGGAUAAACAUGCCGAAAUCAGCUGUUAGACGGCUGAAACGAAAUGCAAACAGCUGUUUAACGGCCGACAACAGCUGAGUGUACACAGCUGUUGGGCGCAACUACGGUGACGACGACGGCGGCAGCGUUAAACGCAGCCGGGUAACGAGUCAGCGGUGUACAGGGUGUGUUGGUUGUAUUGUAUUUAAUUUUCACACAAAGAAAAUACAUAUUUAUUUAAGGAAAAUAUUUAAUAAAUAAUAUAAAAAAAAUAUUUAAUAAAAAAUUACAAAAAACAAAUAACUGUAUGUAUGUAUAUACAUAUAAGUCAAAUAAAUAAAAAAAUAAAUGUCAUAACUUUUAGAUAUUACACAAGACAACAGGAACAUAAAUUAUAAAUAUCCCAAAGCAGAACUGGCUGAUUUUUACGAAAACAAAUAU